AUGGCUGAGAAUAACUGCUCCUUGGCAACUGAAUUUAUCCUCAUAGGAUUUACAGAACACCCAGAUCUGAGGAUUCUUCUGUUUCUGGUGUUCUUUAUCAUCUUUCUGAUCACCAUGGUGGGGAAUCUUGGUCUCGUGGCAUUGAUAGUAACAGAGCAACGUCUUCACACACCAAUGUACAUCUUCUUGGGUAAUCUCGCUCUGAUGGAUUCCUGUUGUUCCUGUGCCAUUACCCCCAAAAUGUUGGAGAACUUCUUUUCUAAGGACAAGAUGAUUUCUCUCUAUGAAUGCAUGGUACAAUUUUAUUUUCUCUGUCUUGCUGAAAGUGCAGACUCCUUUCUCCUGGCAGCAAUGGCUUGUGAUCGCUUUGUGGCCAUCUGCAAACCACUGCAGUACCACAUCAUGAUGUCACAGAAACUCUGCAUUCAGAUGACCACAGGGGCAUACGUAGCUGGAAACCUGCAUUCCAUGAUUCACGUAGGGUUUCUGUUUAGAUUAACUUUCCGUGGGUCUCAUCAAAUCAAUCACUUUUUUUGUGAUGUUCUUCCAUUAUACAGACUCUCCUGUGUGGACCCUUAUAUCAAUGAAUUAAUGAUAUUUAUCUUUGGAGGAUCAGUUCAAAUAUUCACUAUUACCAUAGUAAUAAUUUCUUACCUUUAUAUCAUUUUCACAAUUUUAAAGAUGAAAUCUAAAGAAGGAAGAAAGAAAGCUUUAUCUACUUGUGCAUCCCACUUUCUCUCUGUCUCAAUAUUCUAUGGUUCUCUUCUCUUCAUGUACAUUAGACCGAAUUCAGUUAAUGAAGAAGACAAAGAUUUACCUGUUGCUAUUUUUUAUACUCUAGUGAUUCCUUUAUUAAACCCUUUUAUUUAUAGUUUAAGAAAUAAGGAAGUAAUAAAUGUUAUGAAAAAAAUUAUGAACAUAUCAUAA